UUACGUCACGUGCUUUGUCAGUCACCCUGCUCCGCCGUCGUUCCGUCGAGGCUGGACGAGUUGUUUGCUGAAAACCGAAAAAUCGCUUUUUCUGGGUGAAAAUGGCCGCAGGUCCUCUCUCUGUCUCGUCUAACGCAUCCACAAACAACGAUGGCAUCCUCAUCGGUGACAAAGUUUACUCGGAAGUGUACCUUACGAUCGACAACUCGCUCAUACCGGAGGAAAGGCUCUCUCCGACGCCGUCGAUGGUCGACGGCCUCGACUUGAACACAGAGACCGACCUUCGCAUCCUCGGGUGUGAACUGAUCCAGUCGGCGGGCAUUCUCCUCCGGUUACCGCAGGUGGCAAUGGCAACGGGGCAAGUACUGUUUCAUCGUUUUUUCUACUCCAAGUCCUUCGUCAAGCACAGUUUUGAGAUUGUUGCGAUGGCUUGUAUCAACUUGGCCUCCAAGAUUGAGGAAGCACCGCGACGAAUUCGAGACGUCAUAAAUGUUUUUCACCAUCUGAGACAGAUCCGAGGCAAAAAGACUCCAAGUUCAUUGAUACUUGAUCAGAACUACAUAAAUACCAAAAACCAAGUCAUCAAAGCAGAACGGCGGAUCCUGAAGGAGCUGGGCUUCUGUGUGCACGUCAAGCAUCCUCACAAGAUCAUCGUCAUGUACCUUCAAGUCCUCGAAUGUGAGAAGAACCAGACGCUGGUCCAGACGGCCUGGAACUACAUGAAUGAUACCCUGAGGACAAACGUGUUUGUGAGAUUCCAAGCCGAGACCAUCGCCUGUGCCUGCAUAUUCCUCGCUGCUCGAGCCCUGCAGAUCCCUCUGCCAUCCAGACCUAACUGGUACCUUCUGUUUGGAGCCAGUGAGGAGGAGGUUAAAGAAGUCUGCAUCACCACCCUCAAGCUCUACACCAGGAAGAAGCCGAACUACGACCAGAUGGAGAAGGAGGUGGACCGGAGGAAAAUGUUCUUGACCGAGGCCAAGCUGAAAGCUAAAGGCCUGAACCCCGACGGUACCCCUGCACUGUCCACGCUGGGGGGCUUCUCUCCGGCUUCCAAGCCCAGCACCCCAAAUGUGGCAAAGGUGGAGGAGAAGUCUCCAAACCCCCAGACCCUCAAACCCGUUAAGAAGGAGCCAGAGAGCCGGACUCAGGUCAACAAGAGUCCACACAAUGGCUUAAGGAAAGACAUGAAGAUUGGGAGGAACAGCAGGAGCAGAAGUCGAUCUCGUUCAAGAACACGUUCCAGGUCUAGAUCCCGCUCACCUCGCAGACAUUACAACAGCAGACGCAGUCGCUCGGGGACGUACAGUUCUCGCUCACGCUCUCGCUCUCACAGUCGUAGUCCAUCGCCUCGCCGCCAUCCGCCCUCCCCCCUCCUCCCCCACCUCAAGUCCAAGUCCAGCCACCACGGCAACAAUAGCGACUCCAAGCCCAGCAGCCGCCACAGCAACAGUGGAGGUGGAGGAACCGGUCACAAGAGGAAGCGCUCGCGCUCUCGCACACGAUCCCGCACUCCGGUCAAAGUAGACCGGGAACGGGACCGAGAGAGGGAACGGGAGAGAGACAGAGACCGCGGCUCCUUUGACCUCUCCACAAAGAAACACAAACACGAGCGAGGAGGUGGCCAUCGAGGAGACCGGAGGGAGAGGGAGAGGUCUCGGUCCUACGACCGGGACCGGGAGCGGGAGCGUGGCCACAAGAGCAAACACCACAGCAGUAGUAGUGGGCACUCAGGACAUAGCCGUCACCGCCGCUGAGACAACACACGCCCCUCUUUGGGACUGAUGGUCACUGAAGCAUUUUCAGUAUACGCAAAACUAAAUCAGAUUUUUGCCGUGUUCUCUGAAUGCAGUGUGCUAAAUCAGUGUAACUGCCAGUCUUUUCAUUUAAUGAAGUCACAUCUUGCAAGUUCUUCCGAAGGUUGAAUGGUUGCACUUAAACUAUUAUGGAAGUCAAAUAUCUGUCGGAUGACUUUGCUGACAUGUCAUCAGACUGCAGCUCUGCCAUGGGUGAGAGAACAGGCCAGGUUUGGUUUCAUUUUGAGUAUAUUACCAGCCUAAUGCAACAUAGUUGGGUUUCUGGGUUUCUCAUAUGCAUCUGGAAAAUGACCAUUUAAACUACUCGACUUACAGGAAUGUUGAUUCUCCUCAAGCUUUUAAUUUUGUUGGCCAAAGUCAAAUAAGUAAAUAUUUAGUUUUUUUUUUAAUUGAAUUUUGCCUUGUCAUCGGUGGCAAUUAUGGAAACGUUGAAAUUACCUAAAUCCUACACAUACCGUCUGCAUGUACAAAUGUCUUUGUUAUAGAAUGUUCAUUACUUUGACUCGUCUACACGACAGCACACUUGUAGCUGAUAUUUGGCAGAGGUGGUUGAUGUUGUGUCUCUAUGGUUUGGAAGUGUGCGUCUGAGGAACCCAGGCUGCAGCAGUAUCUACCAGCAUUCAGUGGACUAUUUGUAGGUUUACCAACCUUUUGUUUCACCCAGCUCAGACACGAUCAGUGGUUGAGGGAAGGCACCAACGCAGUGCGACAUCAGUCCCAGUCCGGUUGUCCUGCCCUCUCCCAACUAUACGUUUA